UAGUGCCACUGUCAACGUUGAAUGAACGACAUUUUACACGAAUUUCGAAAUUGGCGAAGGGAAUCGUGGGAUUAUUUUUAAUUCCGCCGAAUAUUUAAGUGUCUUGUGGCUGAUUUGCUUUUACGUUUACAUUUAAAAUGGCUUUCUCCAUGUUUCUUCGCAAUUCAGCAUGCACAAGCCGCAUAAUCAGCCAGCAAGUAAUGCGACUAGCAACACAGCCUGCCUUCGCACAGCGGGCUGCGGCCACCUCAGUGCCCCUCAAGACCUUAGCUCUUAACCAGAGCAAUAGCACGCCUAUUCUUAAUGCUGUGCGCUCUUUCCGCACGACGGCGCCCGCGCUGGCAGAACACGCGCACGACCACUCCAAGCUCUGGGUCAUCGAGAAGGCAGUCACGGCUGCGAUGGUGCCCCUCAUCCCCUUGGCGCUGUUGAUGCCCAACAAACUGUUUGACUCGCUACUGGCUAUUCUCAUCACUGCACACAGCUUCUGGGGUCUCGAGGCCAUAGCUGUUGACUACGUCCGUGCCAGCAUCUUCGGCCCCUUCAUCCCGAAGCUGGCCAUCGGCCUCGUGUACCUCAUCUCCAUCGCGACCCUCGGCGGCCUCUUCUACAUCAUCAGCCAUGACGUCGGCCUCGCCAACGCCGUCAAACAGUUCUGGAGUGUGAAGGCUAAGCAGGCGUAAGUUUUGAGGGGAUAAGACUCUUUUUAUAUGCAUGUAUGAUGAAAUCUAGGUCUGGUGAUCGAGCAUUCUACGGAAUUUUGCCGAAUUUUUAACCGUUUUAGGUAUAUUUUUUGCAUUUGAAAGAACUCCGCAGAAAUAUGCAUGAAGAUAUCUAUCGGGAACUUAUUGUGGCAUACCUAAUAAUAAAAUACUUUCAAGUAGAUUACUCCAAUUUUUUACCGCAAAAAGUACCUAAUUUAGAAUGCCAUGUUAAUUGAAGUAUAGGAGAUACUUUUUCUAUUGCAAAGAAACUUAAAAAAAGCUAAGAAAAGGCGUGGUCAAUUAUCUACAAUGCUAAUCAAACGAAAAAAAACGUGCGUUUGUACGGAAAUCCACGUGGAAUGCUGCUAACACUAACCCCCUUAUUCAUAAACGUGUACUAAAGUUACGAUGCCGCUAAUCAUCGUUUGUCCCUUUCCGACGUAUCGGUAUGAUGGAAAGGGACAAACGAUGAUUAGCGGCAUCGUAACUUUAGUACACGUUUAUCAAUAAGGGGGUUACUAUAAAAAACACAUGCAUAUGGAAAGGGUAAGACGUAACUCUUUGCAAAUCGCCAGGACCAGUCAAUGAACAUGAAGCUAUAUACAAAUAAUUUUAAGUGAUUCAGUUUGAAUUCAAUUGACUGGAAUAAUUUAAAUUUGGCAGUACAUGGUUUUUUUUUAAGGGUCUUUUUUUCAGCCUCUACUGGCGCUUGCGAUUUGCACAAUCAACGUUUUAAGUUAUUGGUACUAUUUGCUUCUAGAAACUUAAAUAAAUAUGUAAGAAUUCAAUUAAAUAAAAUUCUUUUUUAUAAAUUGACACAAUAGGAUUUUGAAGUGUUAUGUAAAUCUACCGGCAAUAGGGGCAAAUUUUACCAAUAACUAGGAUAUUUUGAAAAUUUUGCCAGAUAUUUGACUCGAGAAUGUAUUAUUUACUUUUAGGUCAUCUUCUACCAUUUUUAAGGUUACCUAAAUAGGUACCUAGCUAUUUAUUUAUUUGAAAAAUUCGAAAUUUUAAUGAGAUUAUUUUUUUAUUAACCGGAUCCACACAGAGCGGCAUACGCGCGAGGCAAUUUCCUUACGCGCCGCCUCGGCCGAGGCACGCUCGCUCUGUGUGGACCCGGCUAUUGGCUUAUGAAUUUAGAUUGAAAUUAUUUUUUAAAACAUUAUGGACUAUUUGUAUAUUUGCAUGCUUGCCUCGAAUCAGACAUCUGGCUUGGGGGCCGUUCAUUUAUUACGUAAGAUCUGACUGAUAAAAUAUACUUGUACGAAUCGUAAAAUAUAUUGUCAUGUGACUUAAAGGCAAAAGUGUUUCGUGUGUCAGUAAAUGUUUAUGCUUAUGUAAUAAAUGAAUGUGCUCAUUCGAGACAAUACCAGGUACUUAAUGCGUAGCACAAUUUUACUUUUUGAAAGUAUUAAUUCGGUUUAGUAUAGUUACGAUUGUGCUGUGAAGUAUCGGGGGUUUUGAUGUGAUUAAUUUAUUAUAGUUUAAUAAAGGAAGUACCUUUUA